CCUCUCGGCUAAAGGAGCGCUCGGCCGCCGGCCGUCAGUGGCAGAGCGCAGCCCGCCUCCCAGCCCGAGAACUUGGCCCCGAGCUCGCGCCCAGCCCCCAGACGGACCCGCCGGGCCGAGCCCGGCCCCUCGGGCGCCGACGCCGCCAGCCUGCGGAUAAGGAACCGGGCUGAGGCCGGGAGAAGAGGCUCGGCCAGGGUCCCGCCAGUCGGCGCCAGGCUCAGAGCCGGCCCUUUGCCUCCAAGUCCGGGCCAGAGAAUCAAAAGGAUGACGGGGCCUCUUUAGCGCGCCCCCCCCCCCCGGGGCCCCUGCCAGAAUGCUCCCCCUCCCCCCGCGUGCCGGCCGAGCCCGGGGGCAGGCCCUCGAGGCCCGGAGCGCCCUGGCUUCCCGCGCGGGCCCGCUGCGCUUUUGGACAGCUCCAGACGUGCCGAUUUGCCCUGACGUGAGGGCGAACCCCGCGCUCCUGAUGCCCCGGCGCCGGCUGCUGCCUUGUACCCGGGUGCAGCGUGCUACCCAUCACCACCUCGCUGCCCCUAAUUCUGCUAUGUGGUCCCGCCAAGAGCUAGCUGUGGGAACUUGGGCAACAGCAGGGAGAAGCUCCCUCAGCACCACGGGCGAGGAAGCCCAGAAGGGCCCGGAGCCGGCGUCUGCCCCGGAGCACAUCCCGCUUUGCCCCGAGGCUCGUGGGCCGGUGGGGGCGCUCCUGUGCGGUUCCAGUCGGCGUGUGGAGAGUAUGAAGGGAAGCCUCACCCUGGUGGGCAUCCUGUGGGCAGUGCUGUCGCUGCUCACGGCCGUGGCCAGCACCGCCAGCUACUUCCUGCCCUACUGGCUCUUCGGCUCCCAGCUGGGGAAGCCGGUGUCCUUCAGCAUGUUCCGGCGCUGUAACUACCCCGUCCGGGGCGAGGGCCGCGGCCUGGUCAUGGUGGAAGAGUGUGGCCGCUACGCCAACUUCGAGGCCAUCCCCAGCCUGGCCUGGCAGAUGUGCACCGUGGUGACGGGCACCGGCUGUGCCCUGCUGCUCCUGGUGGCGCUGGGGGCCGUCCUGGGCUGCUGCAUGGACGAGCUCAUCUCCAGGAUCAUGGGCCGCUGCAUGGGAGCCGCCCAGUUUGUGGGAGGUCUGCUGAUCGGCGCCGGCUGUGCCUUGUACCCCCUGGGAUGGAACAGCCCUGAGGUGAUGCAGACCUGUGGCAACGCCUCCAGCCAGUUUCAUUUAGGUACCUGCCAGCUGGGCUGGGCGUACUACUGCGCCGGGGGAGGAGCCGCGGUGGCCAUGCUGGUCUGCACCUGGCUCUCCUGCUUCGCUGGAAAACUUCCCAAGCCCAUCGUGAAUUCCUACACCAUGGAGCUGGAGCACUGCCUCCACCCCUGAGCCAGCCGGCCGCUCCCGGUCUCGGGGUGCUAGGGGAGGGCGUGGCUGUGAGGAGCUCCAAGGUUUUCUUCCUACCAGCCGCCCACCCCCCAAGUCUUAGCCUUCCUCUUUCCUUUUCACUCGCCCCAAAGCCAAGCGGUUAGGAGCAGUUUAAUGUAUCGGUGUCAUAUACGGCUCUUCUACUUUCAGUCUUUCCCUCCUCCCCCUUCCCCUUGAGGUCUCCGGGAUGAGGGCUCCCUUUCCCCCAAACCCCACAAUGUUCCUCCACCCAAACCCAUCAGUACUUCCCUGGACACUUAUUAACCAUUAUUCCCAUAUAAUAGGUACAAGUAUCCUUUCCUAUUGGUCUAGGGUCCGGAAGCCCUCCCAGCAUCCCGCCCGGCAGCACUCUUGCACCAGCAUCUGCCACGGGGCGGCUUCCCCCUCACCUCCCAAACGAGGGCCCCCUCCACACGUCCUGCUCCCGUAGGACGAUGGUUACUGUGGCUCUGCCCACUCUGGAAUCGCUGCAGAUAGACACGCGAAUGUCAGACACAACAGGGAGGUCAGCAGGCUGGCUCUCUGACUUCCUACGUCAAGCAGUGGAAGCUUCUGAGUGGGGUCGGCAGGGGAUGAGAGGCGAGCUCAAGUGUAGUGAAGGCUCUGCUGGGAGUUGCUUUCAUCCUGCCCUCCCUUACUGUGGUGCCCUCCUUUGCCUCAGUUUCCCUGUCUAAAAUAAGGAGAGGUU